AUGAACUUCGUCCGUGCGGAGACCAUCGUGCAGGAGAUCACGGAUGAUGGAAAAGUGCGGGAUAUCAUUACGCAAGUGAAGAAGUCUGAGGCGGAGCAAGAAGCUGAGCGACGGGAACAAGUUCUUCGGAGUCUGCCAGAGUUCAAGCGCGAUGGCCAAUCAGCUGCCGAACAGAAGGCAGUUGAACAGGCUAACGAGCAGCAGGAGAAGGAUGAGGCAGCCAAGGAGUACAAUGUCCACACCAUCGACGAGGCGGAGUUUGAGCACUAUCAGCAGAUAGAAGAUGCUGAGCGUGAGAAGAAGCGAAAGUUGAAAUCGCAGGAGAUGCGGCUGCUCUUCGACGAGGAGGCCGUGGCCAUGUUCGCGGACGAGCGCAAGCGGCUCAAGGAGGUGCGGAACGACCCGUCCGGAACGAGCUCGGUGGGACCGUCGUUUUCGGCCAAAGAGAGGUGA